AUUCAUAUUCUUUUUAACACUUUUUUUCUUCUUCUUUGCUAAUUGUUUUAUGUUGAAAGAAUUUUGGGGAGUUACGUUACGUUAAAAGAAUAAUAAUAAGAAUUAAUAAUGAUGGAUCGAGGUUCAUUUUCGUCAAGCAUUGGAGAUUCAAUUGAUUUUGAUGAGAAGGAUCUAUCACUUAGUGAUAAACUUAAAGUUUUCAAGUCUUCUGCCUUUGAUCCUGAUUCUUAUGUCACCAAUCGAUGCCGUCACAUGAGUGAAAAGGAAAUAAGGCAUUUAUGCAAAUACCUUACGGACUUAAGUAAGGCUUCUGCAGAGGAAAUGCGGAAAAGUGUUUAUGCUAAUUAUGCUGCUUUCAUACGCACAUCAAGGGAAAUUUCCAAUCUCGAAGGACAGCUUAUUGCCUUGAGAAACCUCCUAUCCACUAGAGCAGCAAUUGUUCAUGGUUUAGCAGAAGGAAUAAAUAUUGAUUCUCUGUCUAGCUCUGAGGGUUCAACACAAGAUGAUAGGUCUAAUCAAUGCAACAGUGAUACCAUCAAUACUGAGAGUUGGUUAGGACAAUUUGUAGAGAAGCUUGAAGUGCUACUUGCUGAGAGGAGAGUCGAUGAGGUUUUGGAUGUGCUGGAUGAAGGUGAACAUAUGGCAAAUGAUGCUCGUAGUAAACAGACAUUGACUCCACCGGCGUUAUUAUCAUUGCAGAAAGUUAUCACUGAACAGAAGCAAAAGUUAGCAGCAGAAUUAGCAGAAGCUUCUUUCCAGUCUUCAGUCAGUGCUGCUGAGCUUCGCUUUGCAGUACGAGCUCUAAAACGCCUUGGUGAUGGGCCUCGUGCUCACACUUUAAUGUUAAGUUAUCACCAGCAGAAUUUGCAUGGUAAUAUGCAGGGUAUUCGGCCUUCAGGUACUUCACAUGGAGUAGCAUAUAGUGCUGGUCUUUCACAGCUUGUUUUCUCAACAAUUGCACAGGCCACAAGUGAUUCGUUAGCCUUAUUUGAUGAUGAACCUUCUUAUUCAUCGGAGCUAGUAACUUGGGCUGUAAACCAAACUCAGAAUUUUUCUCAUCUUAUUAAGAGAUUCGUCAUAGCUUCACCAGCAGCAUCAGGAUGCUUAAGACCUGUUGCUGAGAGUGUUCACAUAAGUCUGGGGCACUGCUCUUUGCUAGAAGCUCGCGGCCUGACCCUUUCACCAGUUCUUUUGAAAAUCUUUAGGCCAUGUGUUGAGCAAGCACUGUAUGCCAAUAUAAAGAGGAUUGAGCAGUGCACUGCUGCACAUGCUGCUGCAGAUGAUUGGUCGCCAACUUAUCCACCAACCGGCUCACGUUCUCUAGGAACUGCAUCUCUUGCUGGAGUAAUUGCCUCCCAGCCAAAGCUCUCAAGCAGUGCUCAUAGAUUCAACACAAUGGUUCAGGAACUCUGCGAGGACAUCAGUCCUCUUGAAAUCUUACAGUUGUCAGAGCAAACUUUGGAAGGUGUGAUGCAAGUGUUUAACGCAUACAUAGGUAUGUUGAUAAAGGCAUUACCUGGUUCAGUGGACAAUGAGAAUCUUGAAGGAUCUGUAAAUAGAAUUGUUAGGAUGGCUGAGACAGAACCCGAACAGAUUUCUUUACUAGCCAAUGCAUUAUUGUUAGCAGAUGAGCUAAUCCCUCGUGCAGCCGCGAAGCUUUCCUCUUCACAACAAUCUAAUAAGACAGAUGAUACAUCUAAACGAAGUACAGACAGGCAGUCUCGUCCUGUAGAGCAGAGAGAACUGAAGCGGCGACUCCAACGUUUAGUUGAUCAGCUCCGUGACAGCUUUUGUAGGCAACAUGCACUUGAACUCAUUUUCUUGGAAGAUGGUGGCGUUCGUUUGAGUCCAGACAUGUACCUAAAUAUAGAUGGAAAUCCAGAAGAGAUAGAGUGGUUUCCUUCUCCAGUAUAUCAGGAAAUGUUUGGGAAGUUAACUCGAAUUGCUAGCGUAGCAUCAGACAUGUUUGUGGGAAGAGAAAGAUUUGCUACUAUUCUUUUGAUGAGGCUCACUGAAACAAUCAUCCUGUGGCUUUCUGAAGAUCAAAAUUUCUGGGAAGAGAUUGAGCAAGGGCCAAGGCCUCUAGGUCCACUUGGGCUUCAACAGUUUUAUUUAGAUAUGGAGUUUGUGAUACUCUUUGCUUCACAAGGGCGUUACUUGUCUCGAAAUCUUCAACAAGUAAUCAAAAACAUCAUAGGCAGAGCAAUUGAAGCAGUUGCUGAAAGCAAAAUUGAUCCUUACAGGCUUGAUCCGGGCUUGAAACCAGCAACACGAAAAGGCUCACAACUGUCAAAGUUCAUUAGUUACUAAUUGAAAAAAAAAUUCUAAAUUUGCAGUGUACUUCCAGAGGAUGAUUGGUUUGCGGAAGUUGCUCAAAUUGCUAUUGAUAUGCUAACUGGGAAAACACAAAUAGGCAACGUGGAGAAUGUUAGUAGCCCCACAUCAUCAUCGGUUCUUUCCCACGGAAGUAACUAAUAUUUUACUGUCUUUCCACAAACAACAUUUGAGGACAAGAAUCUACUAAAUUACUUCAUUCAGUUUGGGUUUUAUUAGGAUAAAUAUUUUCUUAAUUAUAUUCUGUUUAUUUUUAGCUAAAAUCAAUUUAGUUUCUUCUCCCUGGGCAAAAAUGUAUGUAGUUCUGUGAACUUUAUGAUGCUUAUAAAUGAUCAAUAAGAUUAUGCAACUUUACCCAAA